AUGUCUGAGGAAAGUUCAGAUUCUAAUGCUGGUGCAUCGACUAGUACUGGUGUCAAGCGAAAGAAAUAUCAACAAAAAUUUAAAAAAGAGUGGGAGUUACGACAGGAGUUCUCUGCAUGGUUGUCUCCACAUUUAUCAAAACCUACUUUUGCAAUAUGCAAAUCUUGUAAUAAGGAGAUAAAUAUAUCGUCGGGGUACGACGCUCUUAAAAAACAUGCCAAAUCUAAGCUUCACGAAAAUAGUGUUAAGAGCUUAGCUGUUCAACCAAAAUUGACAGACUUUGUCAGUAAAGAAGUUACUCAGUUUAAACAUCAAGUGAAAGAAGUCCGUGUCAGUACUGUACCACUUACCGGGCGUAAACCGGCAUCGACACCGGCGCAGUGGAAAAACGAAACACCGGCGCCGGUGCCGGUGCACGGCCAUGCCGGUACCGUGCCGGUGCCGGUCUGGCUAAUGGAAAAACGCCCGUUGUGGGAUAAAAUAAAACUGUUUUUUCCAGAAUAUGAAGCUAAGUUUAAUGAUUAUAAUAAUAGCGAUACCGACAUUUACGACGAGAAACAACAUUUUGAAGAAGAUGUGUCUACAGCAGAAGAGAUGGAAAUAUUGAGAAUAUAA